AUGGCGUAUUCCUGGGAGCAUAAAACCCCACGAGGGCUAGUAAAAGAUGGCGUUGUCUUACACAAUGCCCUCUCUGAGAUAUACGGCUCCGGCAAUUUUGCCUAUGAAGAGGUCGGUGCCAACAUUAUCCUCACUGCUUUCCUUGAGGAGCCUAAGGAUUUGUUGGCCCAGCUGGUGAAGAAGAGAGUUAUCAAAAGGUUUGUCUUAUAUGCUUUGGACAUCGAUCGGUUUCCUUAA